AGGUGCUAGUGUACCCGGGCCUGAGGCGUCCCAGCGCCAACCAAGAGCCGAGCUGAGGCGGAGGCGAUGGCUUCCCAGCCGCCUCCUCCCCCGAAACCGUGGGAGACCCGCCGAAUUCCUGGGGCCGGGCCAGGACCAGGACCUGGCCCUACUUUCCAGUCUGCUGAUUUGGGUCCUACUUUAUUGACAAGACCUGGACAACCAACACUUACCAGAGUGCCCCCACCCAUUCUUCCAAGGCCAUCACAGCAGACAGGAAGCAGCAGUGUGAAUACUUUCAGACCUGCUUACAGUUCAUUUUCGUCAGGAUAUGGUGCCUAUGGAAAUUCGUUUUAUGGAAGCUAUAGCCCUUAUAGUUAUGGAUAUAAUGGGUUGGGCUAUAACCGCCUCCGUGUAGAUGAUCUGCCACCUAGUAGAUUUGUUCAGCAAGCUGAAGAAAGCAGCAGAGGUGCAUUUCAGUCCAUUGAAAGUAUUGUGCAUGCAUUUGCCUCCGUCAGUAUGAUGAUGGAUGCUACCUUUUCAGCUGUCUAUAACAGUUUCAGGGCUGUAUUGGAUGUAGCAAAUCACUUUUCCCGGUUAAAAAUACAUUUCACAAAGGUUUUUUCAGCUUUUGCAUUAGUUAGGACUAUAAGGUAUCUUUACAGACGAUUGCAGUGGAUGAUAGGUUUAAGAAGAGGCUCUGAGAAUGAGGACCUAUGGGCAGAAAGUGAAGGAACUGUUUCUUGCCUUGGUGCUGAGGACAGAGCAGCUAACUCAGCAAAAUCUUGGCCAAUAUUCUUGUUCUUUGCUGUUAUCCUUGGUGGUCCUUACCUCAUCUGGAAACUGCUAUCUACCCAUAAUGAUGAAGUAACAGACAAUACAAACUGGGCAAGUGGUGACGAUGACCAUGUAGUUGCUAGAGCAGAAUAUGAUUUUGCUGCUGUAUCUGAAGAAGAAAUUUCUUUCCGUGCUGGUGAUAUGCUAAACUUAGCUCUCAAAGAACAGCAACCCAAAGUGCGUGGUUGGCUUCUGGCUAGUCUUGAUGGUCAAACAACAGGACUUAUACCUGCUAAUUAUGUCAAAAUUCUUGGUAAAAGAAGAGGUAGAAAAGCAGUGGAAUCCAGCAAAAUUUCCAAGCAGCAACAAUCUUUUACCAACACAACACUAACUAAAGGAGCCACGGCUGCUGAUUCUUUGGAUGAACAGGAAGCUGCCUUUGAAUCUGUUUUUGUUGAAACUAAUAAGGUUCCAGUUGCACCUGAUUCCACUGGGAAAGGUGGAGAUAAACAAGAUCUUUGAUAUCUUUUAUGUUUGCCUGCAAUUGAACUAUACUUUUUAAAAAUUACUUCUUACAAAGAAAUUAAUCUACAGUCCAAUGAACACAUUUGUUAAUGGCUAUUCCAGGUGUUUUGCUGCUAGAAAUUAUUAAAUGUACACUAGUGUGUUGAUCUAGUGACCUGGUUACAUUUUACAAGUUAUUGGACCAUGAGGAUAUUUGUUUCACCUAGAUUUUAAGAUUAUGGAGACUGCUAUCAUUUUCAUCUUAUUUAAAAUCCUAUGUUUUAUUGAAAGUAAGAUUGAUGAACUGUAGAAUACACUGUUUGCUACAGUAAGGGUCUUUAAUGCUUUUUAAAGUUAGAGCUUAAUUGAUUUGGAAUCCUCCCAGAAAUUGAGUGAUAAGAUAUAAAUAUGAGAACAGGCAAAAGACCACUUUUUUUUUUUUUACAACUUUAAACUGAAUAAUAAAAAUUUUCUGAUCUGUGUUAUAUCCAGUCUUGGGUUUGCUUUAGACAGUAAUAUGUUUUUAACCUACCAACAACUGAUACUGUUACUUUUUAUUGUAUUUUUUAAAAUUUAUCUUGGAAGGGUCACUAGAAGUAUUCUGAAGGAGAUUAUUCUAGAGUGAUAUUUAGCCCUUAUAGUUUUUUCCUGCUAGUAAAAAGGCUGAAAUUUAUCUUUCUUACAGAUUAUUUCCAUUUCUUCUGAGGAUCAUAGAACUUUUUAUCCCUUUACAAUAUAACUAGUUUUCAACCUGGAUAAAUCAGAAUAUAUGAAAGAUUUACUUUUUUUUUCUCCAGCCAAGACUCAAAUCCUUUGAGUUUGCACAUAACAAUAUAAUCAGUUCUAGCAGUAAUGAUUUAAAUCUUUUCAUGGAUUCUCUGCUUUUCCCUAGUAUAAUUUCUUUUUAAAUUCCAUAUUCAGGCUGUUCUUUAAACAUUGAAAAUGUGUCACAUUGGAUACACAUUUCUUUUAGGUUUAGUUUUUACUACUGAGACUAUAAAUAAAAUGCUGAAUUGCCAUUUAAGAUAUGAUAAUACUAUAUGACUUGUUUUGUGUUUAAAAAAUGACUUUAAAUGCAGUUAAAUUUUAGUACACUGAAUAUUUCCCCACAAAAUUGGAAAAUCCAUCUACUUGCUGUGAUCAUACUACAAAAUAAUAUUAGGACUACAGGUAUACAAGAAUACAUUUACAGAUACUGUUCAAAACCUGGAAUUAUUUGAUAAAAGAUUUUGAUUAUUUUCUUCUUCUUAUAGACUUUAUGUUCAUCAAAUAAGUAAUUCUAGAACAGUUCACACAAAAACAUAUAAGAACCAAAUAUAUAUUCAGCAUAGAAUUUUGGGCUUUUUGGGAACCUCUCUUUUGAAAUGACAGCAUAAGUAACAUAUAAUUUAGAAUACAAAUAUUGA